ACCAAGACCAUAAGCAGAACAACUCUUACCAUCAUAUAUAGCAGUAAAAGGAAAUGGAUGAUGCAGAGAAGGCUGAGCGCGAUCGCAUUUUCAAGCGCUUUGAUGCCAAUGGUGAUGGCAAAAUCUCUGCAACAGAGCUCGGAGAUGCAUUGAAGACGCUCGGCUCUGUCACAACAGAGGAAAUUACAAGGAUGAUGUCUGAGAUUGAUACCGAUGGUGAUGGCUUCAUUUCCUAUGAGGAGUUCACUGAUUUCGCCUCUGCCAACCGUGGUCUAAUGAAAGAUGUUGCUAAAAUCUUUUAAUUUUCCCUAUCCAAUGCUUCAUUUAUUUGUGAAACUUUAAUUUGUCCU